UCACCACGUCUCAGCUAACCAAAGCCUUGGGCUUCCCAUUCUUUCUGCAGGGCAGAUCCCGCCGUGAAUGCCCCAAGCACGCAACCCCUGUUUAACUUGUGGCUGGCCACGGAGAGGAGGGGCAAAUAGGGAGAGCGGAAACAGCGCGGAAGCCUGGUUCCAUCUCUCACCCCCACCCAAGCCACGUGUGCGCGCGCGAUGGGCGGGGCUAUCCUUGGCGCGACCCCGCCCUCAGUGAGACGCCGCGGCCCUGCGGGCGGGGGCUCCGGUCCGGGCUUUGGCUGCGGCCCCGGUGUAGUAGCGGGGGCGGCGGCCGGGGGCAGCGCGGCUCCUUCCCUUGUUGUGUGUGUCGGUGCCUCCUCGCCAUCUUGUUGCAAAGCCCUUUCUUGUCGGCGGGACUCCGGGGGCCGCGGGGCGGGAGGCAUCGGAAGAGAGGAAGAGGAAGAAGGAAGGAAGAAGGCAGUGCGCCUUUUUUAUUUUUUGCAUCAAAAUUUUUUUUAAUUUGCAAAUUUUUAUUUUGCAAAUAUUUUGGAGACAUUGAUUUUUCUCCCCGUGCUCCCCCGUUCUUUCCUGAGGAGUGCGCUGCUCCGCCCAGCCCUGUCGCCCCCCGGAGGUGAUCCCUCCCUCCUGCCGGCCCGCCAGCCUGACCUGUGCUUGGCUCGCGGGCCGCAGCCUUGGCCCCGGCGCGCCCCCGGCUGCUCUCGGCGCGAUGAGCAUAGAGACGCUACUGGAGGCGGCCCGCUUCCUGGAAUGGCAAGCGCAGCAACAACAGAGAGCACGUGAGGAGCAGGAGCGCCUUCGUCUGGAGCGGGAACGUGAGAGAGAGCAGGAGCAGAAGAGGGCAAGUAACCUGGCAAGGUUGGCCCAUGCCCUGCCUGUGGAGGAACCCCGAGUCGAGGCUCCACCACUACCUUUGUCUCCACCGGCACCACCGCCUGCACCACCACCACCACUUGCCACCCCUGCUCCACUGACUGUCAUUCCUAUUCCUGUAGUGACCAAUUCCCCACAGUCCCUACCCCCGCCUCCACCUCUGCCCCCCGCAGCCCAGCCUCUUCCCUUGGCACCUCGUCAGCCAGCCCUGGUCAGCACCCCUGGACUCAGCAUUAAGGAGCCAGUCCCCCUGCCCACCAGACCACAGGUGCCCACCCCUGCUCCCUUACUGCCUGAUUCGAAGACCACAGUAGCCCCCACUGGCAGUCCCAAGCCUUUGCAGCCCCUCCCUACGCCCAUCCUAACCAUUGCACCACACCCUGGAGUCCAGCCUCAGCUGGCUCCCCAGCAACCACCCCCGCCCACACUUGGAACCCUGAAGUUGGCACCAGCCGAAGAAGCCAAAUCCAGUGAACAAAAGAAGAGGCCUGGGGGGAGGGCCCAUCUGAAGGAAUGUUUUGAGACUCUGAAGCGCAACAUCCCCAACGUGGACGACAAAAAGACUUCAAAUCUGAGCGUGCUGCGGACGGCGCUGCGGUACAUCCAGUCCCUGAAGAGGAAGGAGAAGGAGUAUGAGCAUGAGAUGGAGCGGCUUGCACGGGAGAAGAUUGCCACACAGCAGCGCCUGGCAGAGCUCAAGCAUGAGCUGAGCCAGUGGAUGGAUGUGUUGGAGAUUGACCGUGUGCUCCGGCAGACGGGCCAGCCUGAGGAUGACCAGGCCUCCACCUCCACAGCCUCUGAGGGCGAGGACAACGUUGACGAGGAGAUGGAGGGAGACCGGGCAGGCCUGGGCCCACCUAAGCUGAACCAUCGUCCCCAGCCGGAGCUGCUGAAAGCCGCCCUGCCAACCCCCAGCACCGCCCCUGCGCCUCUGCCUGCCCAUCCGCACCCUCACCCCCACCCAGUGGCCCUGUCUCCUGCCCACCUCCCUGUGCAGCAGCAGCCACCACAGCAAAAGACCCCUCUGCCAGCCCCUCCUCCCCCACCUGCCACCCCAACCCAGACGCUAGUGCCAGCUCCAGCCCAUCUGGUGGCCACGGCUGGGGGCGGCUCCACAGUCAUCGCCCACACAGCCACGACCCAUGCCUCAGUCAUCCAGACUGUGAACCAUGUUCUGCAGGGGCCGGGGGGCAAGCACAUCGCCCACAUCGCCCCCUCCGCCCCCAGCCCUGCUGUGCAGCUGGCACCCGCCACACCCCCCAUCGGCCACAUCACAGUGCACCCUGCCACCCUCAACCAUGUGGCCCACCUCGGCUCCCAGCUGCCCUUGUACCCACAGCCGGUGGCCGUGAGCCAGCCCGUGGCAGUGAGCCACAUUGCCCACACCCUUUCGCACCAGCAAGUAAAUGGCACAGCAGGGCUGGGGCCCCCAGCCACUGUCAUGGCAAAGCCAGCUGUGGGGGCCCAGGUGGUGCACCACCCCCAGCUGGUGGGCCAAACAGUGCUCAACCCUGUGACGAUGGUCACCAUGCCCUCCUUUCCGGUCAGCACACUCAAGCUGGCUUGAGGAUGAGGCCAUUUAGGCCCCCAGUGGGGGCAGGGAAGGGGACCUGACUGCCUCUUUUCCCACCCACCAGCUCCACACAUUCCAGCCAGGCCCAGGCCCGCCCCACCCACAUCACCCCCAGGCCUCCUUAGGGGAAGGGGGUGCGGAGACUCUGAGCCAGGGGAAGGGAGGGACCCCAGGGAGUUGGGUGCAGGCAGGAAACCAUCCUGCUGCACUAGGACUUGGUAGACAUGAGGAUGCUAUGGUGGACAUUCCUGCCUACCCAGCCUGGUGCCGGUUCUGGUGCCAUCCACCUCCCUGCUUUGUCCCCCCCCCCAGGAAGUCUGCACUGUGGCUUACGUUCUCUGGCUUCUCCUUCCCUGGCCUGCCUUCCUGUGCUGUUGCUGCUAUUGCUCUGUCUGGUGAGGUGGCUAAGCUCCCUGGCCUCCCCUCCCCAGCCUCGGAGUCCUAUGGGACCUCUGUAUAGGAAACAGGGAGCCCCAGAAAGAUGGGAAAUGGGUAGGAGGGGCCCAGUUCUGAGCACAGGUGACAGAUCUGGAGUCAGGCUAGGACAAGUGAAUGCCUGGGCCUGGGGCACUCUGACCCACCUGUGGUCACUGAUUGGUUACAGCAGAAACUGUUCAGAAUGAGUCUCAACCAGUAAACAAAGUCCAGGCUGUUGUCAGGUUUCCCAAGCCUGCCUCUGCGCUGGGACUUCCCUAGCGCUUCCCCUGGCCCCCGGGGUUAGGUACUGCCUGAAGCUUGGGAGGCGUGGACCAGCAAUGGCUCUAGGAACUAAGCCACACUGCUGAGGUAUCAGUGAGCUGAAAUCCCAGGGCUUUUCCCAUCUCCCUUCUCAGUGGUGAUUUCGAGACCCCUUCCUGGUGGGUGCUGCAGUGUCCAUGGUGGAAAGGGCCUUUGCUGGGUGAAGACAAGGCUUAGCCUGUGUUUGGUUACGGUGAGGGUGCUGUGCUUAGGGGAUGCUGUGUUUCCUGCCUCUGCUUUUGCAGACUGCUUUGGCUUCUCUCUUUAAGUGAAUAUUUAUUACAAGUGGCCUUGUGUCAGACACUCAGUUACACGUGUGCACAUUCAGCUCCUCACUGGACACUCACCAAUGGCCUUUCAGUAUGGGGCAGGAAGCAAGUGUCCCUAAGGUGUGAAGUUUGCACUGGGGGCUUAGGCAGUCGGGAGGCCAGAGGGGAAGGCUCAGGGUCCUUCAGAUGACAUUGUGAGCGGGCACUGAGGCCAGCGAAGGUCUUGAAUACAUUCUCCCUUAAAAUAAUGACUCCUCAGGUGCCUCAGAGCUCACAGGUCCUCCUGGCCCUGGAAACCCCCCAGGGCACUUUAUUAUUAUUAUUGUCUCCCCGGGGUAGGGAAUGGUGGCUAGGCCCAGGUCUCUACUCCGGCGGCGCAGGAACCCCAGCGAGCUGGCUGCCUUCCUGUGGCCGCAGCCGGCCACCUCUACCCGCACUCUGACUCUGGGGGCCACCACUCUCUGCUCUGUGUUGUGACAAGGGGCAGAGUCUGGUGCUGGCUGGGUCAGACCACUUGUCCCAUUUACCCUUCUCUCUGUCUGAGGCCAGUUCCAGAGUUCACACCAUUGUGUUGGCCCCCAGGCCUGCACAGAUACCUCAUCAUCCACCCAGCCCUCCCUCCCCCCAGCAGGGGUUCCUCCAGAUCUAGUGCCGAAUGACUAUGUCCAGAUUGGUGGUGAUGGGUGUUGUUGCUGUUUUUGUUAUUUGUGACUGCUGUGUGCCCAAGUGGGCAGCCACCUCCCAGCCCUUUCUUGGGCAUCUCCCCUUUGAGAGCUGUUAGGACCACAUCUGUCCUCACCCUGUGGGACCGCCUGGCCCUUCCCUUCCUAUUCCUUCCAGCCUGGGACACACACACAUACACAUACACACACCUUACCUCUCAUGCGUGUUUUACCUGUGCUGUUUGGAGUGGCUCACUGCCUGGGAUCUUUACCUCGGGGAGGAAAGGGGAGAGUGGGUCCCUGGGGGCCAAAGAAGGGCAGGGGAUGCCUGGAGGGCAGUUGGGUCACCAUAGUCUCUCUCUCUAGGGACAGCUGCUUCCCCCACCCCAAUCCCAGGGUCCCACUCCCAAUCCCCAAAGAGGUGGCCCUUGUUUACAGUGAGGACUUGGUCACUGUGUCUCUGUUUCCUGAAAUAUGAAUUGUAGCGACCCCAGACUGUAGAGAUUUUUAUGUGUUUGGGUACAUCUGCUGUGUGGGAAAAAAAAAAAAACUACAAAAACCCUAAUUUUGUACAUAUUGUAUUUUUACUAUUGAACUGUACUCUAGUGGCUGUUCAUGCUCUGAGUUUAGGUAUUGAGACAUGAAUACUAUCCAUGUAAUAAGCACUUGCCUGGAAUAAAAUAUAAAACUGAAAUAAAUCUGCACUGAAACCUGAGAUGGAGUUCAA